ACACACACUACCGCUCGCACACACUGCCAGCUGGAGGCCCCUGCACAGACCACAAAGUCGCAGGUCCGACAACUACCCAGUUGUGAACACAUACACACUGAGUGUCACACAGUCCGUGAAGUCACCUGCACGACUACUUGACCGCUCAGGUGUAGCUCAAUCACGGAGAAUUUAGAAUCACUUACGAAUCACAGUUCCAAGCUCCUGUGGAGCCACGCACACAAUCCCUCUUAGACACACGCUCCAGUACCCACUGCGCACAGCACACGCACACGCAGACCCUUAGAACCCUGUGAGGCCUCUCGCACAGCCUACACGACCCAGCCACACUCACAGCCCGCUAGUUUCACACGGGAUCUCACGCUGCCCACCUCGCUAGACACCAUCUCCAAGUUGCUCCCGCACGGCCCACCUCCCCCAACCCCUCCCCCGGGGCCCUAGGAGCCCGAGGCUGCCUGGAGGGGCGGGGCCGUCGCUCAGAUAUAAGGCCCAGGAGCUGCAGCAGCUGCGACCCCCGAGCCCCCUGAAAGGCCAUGGUCUGCUCGCCAGUAUCCCGGUGGCUAGUCCUGGUGCUCCUUCUCCUUCCCCAGGCACAUCCCGCCGGUGUCUUCGAGCUGCAGAUCCUUUCUUUCGGGCCGGGCCCGGGCCCAGGGCUCCCACAGUCCCCCUGCAGCGCUCGGGGCUCCUGCCGCCUCUUCUUCAGGGUCUGUCUGAAGCCAGGGGCCUCCGAGGAGGCCGCAGAGUUCCCGUGCGUCCUAGGCGCGGCGCUGAGUGCGCGAGGACCCGUCUACACCGAGCAGCCCGGAGCUCCCGCACCUGACCUGCCGCUGCCCGACCGCCUUAUGCGCGUGCCCUUCCGGGACGCCUGGCCGGGCACCUUCUCCCUCACCAUCGAGACCUGGAGAGAGGAGCUGGGAGAGCAGGUGGGAGAGCCCGCCUGGAGCCUGCUGGCGCGCGUGGCCGGACGGCGGCGACUGGCAGCCGGGGGCCCGUGGGCCAGGGACGUGCAGCGCGCAGGCGUCUGGGAGCUGCGCUUCUCCUACCGCGCGCGCUGCCAGCCGCCUGCUGUCGGGGCCGCGUGUGCGCGCCUGUGUCGCUUGCGAAGCGCCCCCUCGCGGUGCGGCCCGGGACUACGCCCCUGCACGCCGUUCGAGGACCAAUGCGAGGAUCCUCCCGUAUGCCUAAAAGGCUGCAGCCCGGAGCACGGCUUCUGUGAGCAGCCGGAUGAGUGCCAGUGCCUGGAGGGCUGGACUGGGCCCCUCUGCACUGUCCCUGUCUCAACCAGCAGCUGCCUUGGGCCCCGGGGCCCGUCCUCUGCCACCGCUGGAUGCCUCGUACCUGGGCCUGGACCUUGUGAUGGGAACCCUUGUGCCAACGGGGGCAGCUGCAGCGAGACGUCUGGCUCCUUCGAGUGCACCUGUCCCCGGGGCUUCUACGGGUUGCGGUGUGAGGUCAGCGGGGUGACCUGUGCUGAUGGACCUUGCUUCAAUGGUGGCUUGUGUGUUGGGGGCGCCGAUCCAGACUCUGCCUACGUCUGCCACUGCCCACCUGGUUUCCAAGGCUCCAACUGUGAGAAGAGGGUGGACCGGUGCAGCCUGCAGCCCUGUCAGAAUGGCGGGGUCUGCCUGGACCUGGGUCACGCCCUGCGCUGCCGCUGCCGCGCUGGCUUCGCGGGGCCUCGCUGCGAGCACGACCUGGACGACUGCGCCGGCCGCGCCUGCGCCAACGGCGGCACGUGCGUGGAGGGCGGCGGCACGCGCCGCUGCUCGUGCGCGCUGGGCUUCGGCGGCCGCGACUGCCGCGAGCGCGCGGACCCCUGCGCCGGGCGCCCCUGCGCUCACGGCGGCCGCUGCUACGCCCACUUCUCGGGCCUCGUCUGCGCCUGCGCGCCUGGCUACAUGGGCGCGCGCUGCGAGUUCCCGGUUCACCCCGACGGCGCAGGCGCGGUGCCCGCGGCCUCGCCGGGUCUCGGGCAGACGGAUCCCCGGCGCUUCCUUCUGCCGCCGGCUCUGGGGCUGCUGGUGGCCGCAGGCAUGGCCGGCACCGCGCUCUUGCUGAUCCACCUGCGCCGCCGCAGCAGCCCUGGCCGGGAUUCUGGGUCCCGCUUGCUGGCGGGGACCCCAGAGCCAUCGCUCCAGGCGCUCCCUGAUGCAUUCAACAACCUGAGGACGCAGGAGGGUUCCGGGGAUGGCCAGAGCUCGACCACCGGUUGGAUUCGCCCGGAAGAUGGAGACUCGCGAUCGAUUUACAUCAUAUCCGCUCCUUCCAUCUAUGCUCAGGAGGCCUGACCUGACCCUCUCUCAGCGCCUGAAGACAGAGCCUGGAUAUGUUUGUUGUUCAGUGUUACCCAAUCUCUGCCCCACACACUCCGGAGUGCUAGCUGAAUGGGUGGCUGGGAGAACUUCUGUUGGAAAUUGUACAUAAUGGUUAUUUAUAUCCCUUUUUUUUUUCCUCUUCCCAUCUCACCAGAAACAUCUUUAUAAAGACUCUUAUUUUUUACCAAGUA